CUGACGUUUGACUCGUAAACACAACAAGCUUGCAAUCAACAACGUUCGCAUCGCGCAGUGGCCCGAGUGAAAAGAGCGAAAAUUUCCAUCCUAAUUGCGACACAAUUCGGGCCCGUACUCUCCAACACGGGGCACCGUUCUACCAGAAUCCGAAAGCAGGAAAAGUGUAAAAACGUGGUGAAAGGGGCUAGCCUACCCCGCGGUUAUCGGUUCGGUGCAGCAGAGCAGGAUUGGUUUCGGCGUCACCCCUCCCCUGCCUCAAAGUGAAAGUAGUUAAAACAAAUUCCUCCUUCCACCCAGCGAGGGCAGCGAGAUAUCUGGGAGGAUGAUCCCUGCCCGGGAAGGUGUGUCCGGUCGCAAGGGAAUCUGUACGAAAAUAUAAGUUUUUGUUUGUGUGUGUCGUGUUUGUGUGUGUGUGUGUGUGUUGCCACGGUGAGGCGCACUGGUUCGGAAGAAGCAAGAGUCCCCAUGUUGAUGCGUUGUGAUAUUUUGAGGCCUCCCGGAUCCGCGGAUCGUGGUGCCUGAAGGGUGCGCUCUGAAAGAAAGUGAAUUCCGUGACCAAAUUCCUGCGCUAUUGUAACAAAUUGUGGUCACCAUCAUAUCAAACUCAUCGCCAGUCCGUUCGGCGGUGCUGAGUGGCCAGCACUUCUUCGCCGGAAGGAUUUGCUUCCGACAGCAGUAAAUUCAGCUGUGAGAAAGAGAGAGAGAGAAAAACACCCGUUACACUGCUAUCGUGUGAGGCCGCGGCAGGCCACCAACGGCACCAAAAUUACGCUCAACGCAACGCAACUGUACGCCGUCCUGGACGCCAUGGAGCAGGACGAGGAGCAAGUGCCCGACAUACGGGAGCAAAUGUUUCACAACACGGUCCGCGAGCAUAUCAUCUUUAUGUUGCUGUUUCUGUUGCUUUACCUUGGAAGCUAUGCACUGAUCAUUCGCUUCCGGAGGCGUGAUCGUGACGAUCUGUUUGCUCCCGAUGAGGACGAAAUCACUGUGUAUCGCAUUAGCUUAUGGUUGUGCACGUUCUCUCUGGCCGUGGCCGUGGGUGCCGCUCUGCUGCUGCCGAUCUCCAUUGCAAGCAACGAGGUGCUCAUCCUCUACCCGAACAGCUACUACGUGAAAUGGUUAAACAGCUCGCUAAUACAAGGGCUCUGGAACUACGUAUUUCUGUUCUCGAAUCUGGCGCUGUUUGUGCUGCUCCCGUUCUCCUACCUGUUUACCGAGUCGUCCGGUUUUAGCGGCCACAAGAAGGGCAUCAUGGCGCGGGUGUACGAAACGUUUACUGUAUUUUCGCUGCUCGCGUUCAUCGUGUUUGCGACGACGUACGUCAUAUCGGCGCUGCGCGACCCGGACCGCAACACCUUUCAGGCACUGUUCAAUUUAGCCAAAUGUCAUCUGCCAUUCUUGUACUCGUGUGUGUCCUUUUUAGGUGUACUGUUACUAUUAGUUUGCACCCCGAUGGGUUUCGUAAGACUGUUCGGUGUGGUUGGCAAAGUGCUGGUAAAGCCGAACCUGUUACGCGACGUGAACGAAGAAUUCCACGCCUUCAACAUAGAGGAGGCCACUGUCAAGCGCAAGCUGGCGAAUGCCAAUCUUAACAUAGAGCUAAGGAGCGUUACGACGAUAGACCUAACGCCUGCCAAACUUUGCUCCGGGCUGGAUGAUUUGUAUCAAAUCAAACCAGCCACCAAUGGCAGCCCGACGAGCGAAUCGGUCAAGCUGUUUGAAAGACUGAGAGAGCUAGAGUCUGAACGUAAAGUGCUCGAUAAGCAACGCAGCUCUUCGGCGCUUCAGAGGAAUCUGGUCUAUCCGAUAGCGAUGCUGCUAUUGCUGAUACUAACCGGCAUUACGGUGCUGCUGGUCGUGCAGAACACGCUCGAGCUGCUGAUCGGCAUCAAGGCAGUGCCAUUGAGCACCAGGCAAUUUACACUCGGCAUCACUUCCCUAUCGAAGCUGGGACCGCUGGGUGCCACGCUGGAGGUGUGCAUUAUCACCUACCUAGGCGUCACGUCCACCGUUGGGCUCUACACGAUGCCGUUCAUGCGUAACGUGCGGCCCCAGCGGCGCAACACAUCACUGGCGCAGCUGAUAGCAAACUGUGGCCUCGUGCUUAUUCUUAGCUCUGCGCUACCACUGCUUGCGCGUAUUCUAGGUAUUACAAAUUUCGAUCUGCUGGGCGAUUUCGGCCAGAUCGAGUGGCUCGGCAACUUUCUGAUCGUGCUGCUGUACAACGUGGUGUUCGGCACGGCGGCCACGCUCUGCCUGUUCAACAAGUUUACGGCAACCGUGCGGCGAGAGCUGUGUGCUCGAUUAAAAUCAUUGUUUGACUACAGCAGCCACAUUGAGCUGAGCAUUGCUCAAAAUGCUGGCCAGCUGAAUCAUCUGCAUCCAGCGGCGUUACCGCAGCAUCAUCAACACCACCACCACCAUCCGAUCAACCAUACCGUUCAGCAUCCCGCAUCAUCAUCCGUUCCGACUGAACCGAAUAAUGGUGCGGCUAGCACAACACCACAGGAACACUUUAUUGCGGUGGAACAUGCAAACAGCACUGUGCAUCAUCGUGGCCAUGCGCACGUGGCUACCGGCAGUAGCACGAUUGACACCAAAGAGCAAGCAGCAGCUGCAGCACGGUUGACGCUUACCAACGGGGGCGCAGAUCAUGCGGAUGUUAAAAAGACACGUUAAGACGGAUGUGUUAGCAGCCAGUUCCAAAGCAACCGAAUGACCCAAAACCUGCUCUCGAUAAUUGCAUUCGCACCGCGUGAAACCCAGUGAAACCAACCCGUUCAGUAAGAUAUUUGUAAGAAGUCGCUGUUGGUGCCGUUCCGUUCGUACGAGCCAUCCUGAUCCGCCGACCUGAUUGCACGAAUGCAGCUAAUCUAAUAUAUUAUUACCAUCUGCCAUUUAAGUGAUAUUAUGGCUCCCCUUUCAAUCGGGAUAUUAUUUCUCAUGGCUGUAUAAUGAUGAGUUUUUUUCCUUCACACCUUUUCUUCGCUUCUUUUUACGCAUUACAGGGUUUUCCAAGUCACUUUCGAAUGUAAACAUUGUUAUUCACCGCGUGCAAAAAGUUAUUCCACAUAGAUCUGACAUUUCAUUAUAAUUUUCAAUUACUUCAGCAUGAUUUUCAACACGACGCUGAAUUGAGUUUAACAGAUCUUUGUUAUAUGAUGAAAAUCAUGUGUUGAAACUGAAAUUUCAUUUUGAAGCAAAUAAUACACCAUUUGAAAGCUGUUGAAAAGCAUCUUGGCUGUGGCAAAUAAAUAUGUGCACAUUUGAAAGUGACUUGGAAAACCCUGCAAGGCCGCGGUACAUUGUACACUCCGAAGUCGGGGUUCACUUUUCACUAGCGCAUCUGGCGGCGACUGGUGGAAACCUUUUUUUGGUCAUCGAGAGAAUGGUCGUGCCGGAUCUCAAAUUUAAGUAGUUUUUUCACCGUUUUUUAUGCGAAAAUGGUUGAAAUACUUGCACAACAUAUGUAUCUAUCAAUUAAAAAUCUUUUUCAGUCCUGUUUAAGUAGAAACAUAGAAAAAUAACAAAUUUUCUGAAGCGGCUACAAAUUGUUUGGCAAAAUGCUUCGGUCAGCCGUCGCCAGAUGCGCUAGUGGCGAAAUAGAAAUUACACUAGCGAGUACGGACAAUGUACCCCGGCCUUUAUGUUUAGAUUUUAUCAAACGACAAAGCUACUCAACACACACACUCAAAACUAAAAAGUACGAUCCCUGUAUCUCUCAUGCGUAUUAUGCAGUCUGAGUGUGUGCGCGCGCAACAUAUUAAACAUAAAUAUCGAUAUGAAGUAAGCAAAAACAGUGAGCAAAUAAGAUCUGUUC